AUGCCCUUCCCUCUCAUCUCUAUUCUCUUCUUGAACCUCAACUCGGGCCCUGUAAAAGCAGACUCCUCCGCCUGCUCAUCCCCUGUUCUUGAACCCGUCCAAAAUGCUCCCCUCAUCGACCAGCUGGCCGUAAAUCUCCAAAAAUUCCCGACAGACGACGGCUUUUCCGACGAUAACAAGGAUUGGAACUCUCGAAUAAUCGGGCUUUUCAAGGAUCCUCAGACGGAGAGCCUCGGCUACGAAACCUAUCAGAAAUCAAAACAAAAACCGGGUUUCAAACCUCUGAGACGAACUCUGAAGCUCGUGUCCAGGUACUUGAUCCGUUCCAAGAAUUGGAGCGCGUUGUUUUCCUUCUGUGAGGAUUUGAAAAUUUUUCAGGUUCUGCCUGAUAGACCCACUUGCUGUAGACUGAUUAUCGGCCCGUGUGUUAAAGCUAGGAAAUUUAAACUCGUCGAUAGCUUUCUCGAUGUUUUCUUGGCAAACGACAAAGAAACAGCCGUCCUGGCCUUCGAUUCCGCCAUGAAAGGGUACAAUCAGCUGCAUAUGUACAGCAGCACUUGUGCUUUGCACAAGAGGAUGAUAUCGGGCGGGCUUGAUUUUGGCCCAGCGUGUUACUGUCAUGUGAUGGAGGCUCACAUGAAGAUGGGGCACUUCGAAAAGGCAUGCUCGGUUUUUCAAGAAUUCGAAAAUAGAAAAUUUGUCGACACAAUUGGUGACGAAAAGCUUUUGCCGGUCUACUCCCGUAUUUAUUGGAUCCUAUGCGAAUCGUUGGGGAAAUUGGGUCGGGCCUACGAGGCCCUCGAGCAUUUUCGAGAAAUGUCGAGAACAGGAAUUCCCGAAAACAAUUUGAUUUAUUCGUCCUUGAUAAGCUCUUUCGCAAGUGCCGGGGAGGUCAAGAUGGCCGAGGAGCUCAUGCUCGAGGCCGAGAGCAAGAACAUGUUGAAAGAUCCUUCCCUCUUUUUAAAGCUCAUCUUGAGGUACAUCGAUGAAGGCCUUAUGGAGAAAACGCUCGACAGUGUCGAAUUAAUGAAGCGCGUGAACAUACGUGUCUCGGAUUGCAUAUUCUGCGCUAUCGUAAACGGAUUUUCCAAAAAACGCGGGCUUCGAGCCGGAGUACGAGUAUUCGAGGACCUCAUCUCACGUGGGUGCAACCCGGGCCAAGUGACUUACGCGUCGGUCCUCAACAUGUACCUUCGGCUUGGGUUGUACUCCAAGGGCGAAAAAGUCUUUUCGGAAAUGGAGCGAAAGGGCUACCACAAUUGUGUGGUGGCGUACUCGAGCCUGGUGGCUGCAUAUUGCAAGGCAGGAAAGGUUCGGGAAGCGAUGCGGCUUGUGGCGAAGAUGAAGCAGAGAGGGAUCGAGCCGAAUCGUGAGGACGCUAAAGACGAUGAUGGUGAUGAUGAGUUGAUGAUGAACAUGAACUUGUAUUCACAGCCAAACAGAAACAAGCUCUUUACCGAAUUACAAGAGCCGACUACGUGA